CCAGAGAUCCUCUGUUCUGUAACCGGUCUGACCCGGACGCCCCUGGGGACUGUGUUUAAUGCAUUGUACACUGAGUUGUGGGCUGUUUAUCCUCCCUGCCCGUGGCCGGUAUGGAGCUGCUCACCCUAGACACCGUGUGGGUGGGCUCCAGCCUGGCUCUCACCUCUCUGUUCUAUUACCUGUACCGGAAACAGCUGGCGACUGUUAGACGCAUCCAGGAUGCCCCAAAGAUGCAGGUGGAUGGUAACCUGAGGAGUACACUGGAAUCCCUACAUGGACAGGAAAUUAGUUAUGUGGCUCUGGAGGGUGUGGUAGAAGCUGCAGGCACGGUUCUUAGUAGCCACAAGAAGCCACAUCUCCAGGCUGUGAUCCGGAGUCAUCAAGUGGUAGAGCAUUGCCUGAUAUGGAACAGCUUGACAAGAAGUUGGAGUGAGUGUGAGAGAGUUCUUCACAAUAGUGUCAAUGCUAUUCCUUUCCAUCUUUGUCCACUGGAGGGAGCUGGGGACCCAGUACUCAUAUGUGACCCCCUGAAUGCUUCUGGACUGGCCCUGCAAACUAUUCAUGAACAGUUUCAGGCUUCAUCCGCUGGUCUUGGAGAGUUGAUGGGACAUUACCUGACUGGGGAGAAGCCCACUGGUCUGUUGGAGACAGAAGAGAUUUUGCCGGUGGGGGUAAUUCUGACUGGACUAGGACGGCUAUCGCUGGACAAUCAGGGAGUGAUGAUAUUACAGCCUCCCCAAAAUGCUUCUGAAUAUUUUCUGUCCCUUGUUGGAUAUGAAGAGAUAUUGGAACAACAGGAGUCAAUAGCCUACGUUUGGAGGAAUGCAGCACUGUUCUUUGGAACUCUGGGAGCUGCUGUUUUCUGCUUCACUUUGUAUCGGGCCUUUCGCAGGUAUAAAGAGAAGCAGAAUCAGCAAGAGGAGGAAAGGAGGUGGGAUAACAUAAGUGAAGAGGAGCAGUCUACUGAAGAUAUGAGCGGGGCUUCUGACAGAAUGUGUGUAGUCUGCCUUUCUCAGCCACGUGAAUGUGUAUUUCUACCUUGUGGACAUGUAUGCUGCUGUUUCACAUGUUAUCAAUCACUGCCCACAUUCUCCUGCCCUAUUUGUAGGUGUCCACUAGAGAGAGUGGUACCUCUGCACCAGUUUUAAAUACCACAUUUCGGGAUCUGUACUGAUAUGUAGGUGGUUUUCUUUCCAGCUAUCUGCAAGAGUCUAAGCAAUACAUUGCAUUACUUGUGUAAUGUGUUGUUUUAU